GUCAGGACCGCGUGGACGGCCCGCCGGGAUGCGGCGACGCUAGCUCCCGCCCGGAGCGUCCCGCGAGGGAAGUGGGUCCCCCUCGGCGCCAUGGCCAGCCCGGCGGGCGCGCGGAGCACGGAAGUGGACUGCCUGAGCCCGGAAGCCCAGCGGCUGGCAGAGGCCCGGCUUGCAGCGAAGCGGGCAGCCCGCGCCGAGGCCCGAGAGAUCCGCAUGAAGGAGCUGGAGCGGCAGCAGAAGGAGAUCUAUCAGGUUCAAAAGAAAUAUUAUGGGCUGGAUACUAAAUGGGGUGACAUCGAGCAAUGGAUGGAGGACAGCGAGCGCUAUUCACACAGAUCCCGGAGGCUCACAUCGGCCUCAGACGAAGAUGAGCGCCUGUCAGUGGGUAGCAGAGGCAGUCUUCGGUCACAGCCUGAGCAGCAGUACAGGGGUCCCUGUGUCUGGACUAAUGGUUAUGAUGGAGACUUGUACGGAUCCCAGCCCCCGAACAGAAGAUCUGGCAGGAACUCCGGCCACAGCGGGGACAGCAGAUUCUCAACUUUGUCAUCAUCCAGGGAGGAGAAGUUGUCCCAGGCAUCUGUGUUCCAAGACAGCAGCGUUGGCCGGGCUCAGCGGGGCAGCACCUGCGGUUCCCUGGCUCCCUCGGAGUACAGCGGCCUCCUCAGCUCCGGCUCCUGCGCCUCCUCCAGGGCCAGCUCGGCACGAGCCAGCCCGGUGGUUGAAGAAAGACCUGAGAAAGAUUUUACUGAGAAGGGCUCCCGCAGCAUGCCCGGUCUGUCCGCAGCCACGCUGGCCUCCCUGGGCGGCUCCUCCUCCCGGAGGGGGAGCGGUGACACCUCCAUCUCCAUCGACACCGAGGCGUCCCUGAGGGAGAUCAAGGAACUCAAUGAGUUAAAGGACCAGAUUCAGGACGUAGAAGGCAAAUACAUGCAGGGAUUGAAAGAGAUGAAGGACUCACUCACAGAAGUAGAGGAGAAGUACAAGAAGGCGAUGGUUUCCAACGCGCAGCUAGACAACGAGAAGACCAACUUCCUGUACCAGGUGGACACCCUCAAAGACAUGCUGCUGGAGCUGGAGGAGGAGCUGGCCGAGGCCCGGCGGCAGUAUGAAGAGAAGACCAAGGACUUCGAGCGGGAGAAGCACGCGCACAGGGCGCUGCAGUUCCAGUUCGCCGAGGUGAAGGAGGCUCUGCGGCAGAGAGACGAGAUGCUGGAGGAAAUCCGACAGCUACAGCAGAAACAGGCGAGUUAUAUCGGGGAGAUUUCUGAUCUUCAGGAAACAAUAGAGUGGAAAGACAAGAAGAUAGGGGCUUUAGAGAGGCAGAAAGAGUUCUUUGACUCCAUAAGGAGCGAGCGCGAUGACCUUAGAGAAGAAAUAGUGAAGCUGAAAGAGGAAUUCAAGAAACACGGGAUAACCCUAAACUCAGAAGUAGCCACCAACGGAGAAACUUCAGGCACACUAAAUAAUGUGGGGCACCCAGGCCCUACCAAGUUGACAAAAGAAGAGGUGAAUGCCCUCCAGCCAUCCGGGGAUGGGACACUAGGAAGAACCAAAGAAGUGGAGGUGAACAAUGAAAUUGUGCAGAAUGUGGGGACAAGAGAAAUCUCGCAGAAUACUGAGCGAGAACAGCACAAAGAGGACACAGUAAAGGAUGAUGAGGACGUAGAGGGGUCGCGUCCUGGUGAGAACACUGAGGGCCAGAAACCCUGCGAAGACUUAGCAUAUGCUGAAUGUGAGGAGCAAAUUCAAAGCCAGAGUCCAGAGAGCCAUGAAACUCCAGAGCAAGUUGGGUCACAGGAAGUCCCAGACAUGCCAGCCGAGGGUUCGGGAGCGUCCCGGGGGCACCCCAAGUAUCCGGAGGAUUUAGGUAGUGAAGCCCCGGGUCCCAUGCACGAACAGGACACCUGUAAUGCUUCGGAUGUCAUAGGCCAAAGUGAAAACUCUGUGGGGAGUCAGGACCAAGAAAACCAAGAUUUGAAAACGGACAUGGCAGAGCUUCACCGGAAACCCUGUCAGGGGCCUGCUCUUGGGCAUGGGCCAGAAGCUGAGCGGGUGAGCGGUGCAGAUCCUGGGGGGCCAGGCGGGGGCCGCACAGAGAAGGAGCCAGCCAACCAGGAAGCAGCUGAGCCUGGGGGGGCUGCCCCGCACAGUGCAGAGGGAGCCAGGGAGGGCAGCGUGGAGGAGGAGGGAGAUGCGGGAACGGGGGCCGACAAACCAGCUCGGGCUGAACCCCAGCCAGUUCCUGGGGCUCCCACAGCGGACAGCAGCCAAGAGGAAGCGCCGGGUCCAGGGAGGGAGCACACCGGCCCUGAGCCCAACGAAAGAAAGCGCGACCGCCAGGCAGAGGCGUCAGAGUCUUCCCAGAAGAAGCCAAAGAAUAAGAAAAAGAAAACCAAGAAGAAAAAAUCUCCUGUGCCCGCAGAAAGCCUUGAAGAUGUUGGGAAAGAGCUGGCUUACAAGGACGCAGACAGAGGCGAAGUUGAGGGUGGGCAAGGACACUUGGCAGCAGAAGCGCAGGAGGAGGUGGCCGAAGGUGGGACACAGAGAAUCGCAGCAGGAAGUGGAGAGCAGGGCGACUGCGCUGAGUCCGGGGAGGAUGGAAACGAGGAUGAUUGUGCGAAAACAGAGGGCGGGACGGAGGGAGCUGCUGGGGACACCGUGGACUUGGCAGGGAGGACCUUCCAGCCACCAGGCACUGAGGCCAUCGAGAGAGAAUUAGGGGAAGGUGACACAGACGGUGGCACUGAAACAACCGGUGUCGGUGUCGCUGCAGAGCCAGAGAGCCCAGAUGGGACCAGCAGCUCCUCGCUGCAAAAUGAAAGCCUCUCGGUGGCCAUGGAGGAUCCCUGUCGGACAGGAAGUCCCGAGAGGCACCUGACGGCCCUGGAAGCCACAGGCAGUGUUGGCCUAGAAGAGGGAGAGCCAGGGGACUUGGGCUCAGAAACUGGUGGCCAUGCAGGAGGAGGGAGUGGGCAGAGCAAGGGCAAAGAGGAUUGCACUAUGUCCUAAGGCAGGCAGGACUCGGCCGGGCACCCGGGACUCCACACAGGGAGCCGCCUGCUGCACGCUGUCCUGCUGCUGCACACUGUCCUGCUGCUGCACACUGUCCUGCUGCUGCACGCUGUCCUGCUGCUGCACACUGUCCUGCUGCACACUGGGCAUGCUCCCAGGAUGCUCCGCGUCGCUGCAGACUAACAAAGAGCGGUCACAGCCACAGCGUCUGCUGUUCCACAUUACAGACUGCUACCUUUGGCUUCCUGUGUAAUCCUCAAGGUUCAUCACCCCAUCAAAGCAAGAAGCACACCUGCUUCCAGUGCAAGCUCAGAACGAGAGCGUUCCAGCAGUGUCAGUAAUGUCAGCCCGGCCUGUCCUAUUCCUGCCAAAGGUGGCCUACUCUAGUGUUUGCCUGAGACAGACACGAAUGUGGAUAUUCUUGACCAAAUGCAUCAGCAUCUAACUGAGACGACCAAAUAGCAUUCUUAGAUUUCUGCUUUAUGAAGAUAAUGGAUAUUUAAACUAAUAUAUCUCAGUCAAUAUAUAUGUACUGUCGUAUUUGAUUUUAAUGUGUAUGUUAUAACCUGUAUGGUUAUUUUAUUUGAAGGAGAUGAAUGGUCAAAUAGCAUAUAGGUCACUGAGUGAUAAAUUUGCACCUUUAGGACAAUAAUUACCAUUUUAGGGAUAACAAAUAUGUGCCUGAAAGCACUAGAGAGAUCUUAUUUGCCUUUACCUCAUGGAAGUAUUUUAUUUCAUUCCAAUACUUUUGGAUCUCAUGAUCAACAAUACCUGAAUUUAUUUUGUAAAAGAUUUUGACUUCAGACUGAUGAUGUACCAAAUUCAUUUUAUACGAAGUUUUUCAAAAUUAUUUUUUGAAAUGUUUUUCUAGAGUUGACAUGUUGAAAUUGCAUUUCCUACUGUCGUAUUUUGGUGGGGGAAUCACAGUUUUUCUAAACCUUGAAAUUGUUUCUCUUUGUAUGAAUGUCUAAUUGUUAGUCAAGAAUUACUUAUUCUUGUGGCAAUUACUUAUUAGUCUAUAAUGGGAUAUUUUGAAUAGCUGAAUCACUUUUGUUAUUUGGGUAUACAUUUAUUUGUUGUUUCUGAGUAUAUUCUGAUUGGAAAAUUCUUGUUUUGAUCUGCUAAAGGAAUAUAUAUUGUCGUAUAAAGGAACUUUAAAAAUAAUUGUAAAGUUAAAUGAAAAGCAAUGAUGAAAUGUAAGGUCAUCAGAGAAUGUACAUCGUGAACACUGGUGACACUUGAUGGGUUGAUGCUACUUCCUGCCACUGUUACAAGAUGCCACUGAUGCUAAAAGACCAAACUCUCAGUAAAACCUAAGGCGAACCUAAGUGUUACAGAACUGAAAUAAAAGCAUUCUAUAAUCUCA